AUGUCGUUCGACGAUGUCGAUGUCGAAGACGAUGACUCCGACGGCGAACUCUUCGUCGAGGACUCGCGUGACAACCGCGGCUCGGGCGCCUCCCGUUCCCCUGGAAGCGUCGCUGCGCAGGCCGCCUCCUCCAAGUCCGCCUCGGCCUACACCGUCAACGCGCCGUCGGUGUACCGGGCGCCGAGCCUCGCACCGCCGGCGGCAGCCGCCCCCGCGGCCCCGGCCUCGAGCGACGCUCCGGCUGGGGGCCCCGAAGACCAGGAGGGGUACAGCGCUGCGGCGGCGGGCAGAGGCGAGGACGACGGAAGUUCCGGGGUCCCGGUGGCGGUGGCGGCUUCGGCGAAGGAGAACAUGUCGAGCCACCAGGCGAUCGCGGGAGAUUCGUCCGCGGAGAUAUUGUCGAGCGGGAGCGGGCUCAGGGGGGGGCUGGCGGGGGGCCUGCGGCUGGGAGGGGAGCAGCGCGUGAUGUCUAUCCCGAGAGACGGGAGCAUGCUGGAGUCUGCCAGGCCCCAUGGACAGUCGGAGUCUUUCCACGGAUACAAGGGAUACCCCGGGUACGAGCCUGACACGCCGGUAGCUCAGCAAUUGACUCAGCCGGGACGUGCUCACGCGACGGACGCGCUCACCAUCAACCCGGGGGCGGACGUGUCGGAUCCCCGGACAAAACACGCCGGGGCGGCUGGCCCGACCCCUUCCAGCGUCCGCUUCACUCCCAUGGAGAUGGCCACAGGCUUGCGGCCUCCGGAGCCAAGGGGCCGCGCGGCUCAGGUGGAGGUGGCAACACGUCAGCAACACGACGUCGAUGUGGGAGACGGCCGCCACUCCAACACCAACACCGGACUCUCUUCGCGUGGUGGCACGGGGGGCGUGCCCAUGUCCUCCACCGGCGGGGGCGGAGGGAUGCAGUAUGGUUCGGAGGCGGGAGGAGAGAACAACAGCAGCUACGGCGGUGGCGGUGGCCAUGUCGUCCCGUCUCCGUCUCACUCACAGGCAAACUCGAUGUCGUCGAGCUAUCGGAACAUCCAACAGUUGCGGUCCGAAGAUGGUAUGGGAUCGGUCCUGGGCACUCUGGCGGGCACCGAGGACUCGACCAAUGAGGAUCUGCAGUGGAAACGAAGCGCGCUCAAGAAGUUCCACAAGGUGAUGGUGAAGGGGGAAGGGCUUCGAGUGGUGAAGCACAACCGCUCGGGAGGGUCCCAGAUGCGCAUCAUCCGGUACGACCCGGAGAUAAAGGCCUUGGUCUGGAACAGCAAGCGGUAUAUGAAGAAAGCUGGAUCGGCAAACGUUCCGAUCGUGGGCAUCAAGCGCGUGGGUCGAGAGGGGAACACGGUGUCCGUCACUGCGGCAGGCCGUGGAACCAUUGGCUUCGAACCCGCAGCGCAUCCGAGAUGCCAAGAUUUUGGCUGAGGCGUUGCGUGCGCUAGUAGACAAGGAAGAAAGGUCGGCGAUGUGGAGGGGCUAAUAGGCUUACUUAAGCCUUGUCCAGCGGCCCGUUUGACUCGGGAGAGGCUAGUG